AUGACUCUCCCUAAACGGCCACGAGAGGAGGACGAUGAGCCACCCACGUCCAUGCCCCAAGGCUCCAUCCUCGAACGCGCGCGGGCCCUGGCCGGUCCUUCGGAGGAGCGCGAGCGGAAGAGAGGACAGCAAUGGAGACCGUCGUCGGCCCACACGACGAACGUCCGUCGAGAUAACCAGGGGUUGUUGGCGUCAGGUGCGCGCAGGGUGAGAACGCAGAGGGGACACGGAGGCGGUGGGACCACUGGAACUACGGGCACCUACAGCGGCUCUGCUGCCUUUGCAGGCACUGACGAGGGGACCAACACCACCACCACCACCACCACCACGGCCAGGGCCACCACUACGGGGGCUCCCCUCACCACCAACAGCACCAACAACAGCAGCAGCAGCAGCAGCACCACCACCACCAAGGGCAAGAGCAAAUCCGGGGUCCCUCGCCCCGCGCCCUCCCACGCCACGCCCACGUCCACGCCCACGCCCACGUCCACGUCCACAUCCCCUCUCACCACAUCCGCCGCCUCUGCUGCACCUCCACGUCCAUGUCCUCCUUAUGCUGCUGCCUCUGCUGUUGCCGCUCCCACAAUCACGACAAAGGACGACCUCGCGACGCCCUCAUCGGCAAGUCCGACGCCGCCCGACACCGCCUCGACCAUCCGCGACGAGGACGAGGACGCACAGGGCUACUUCUCCCGCACCACCAGCGCCAGCUCGGCCACCACGCUCUCGACCCUCGACCCUGGCCUCCCCGCCGCCUCCAGAGCGCCGCCCAAGCCAGGCCACAUCCGCGGCGCGAGCGACAUGGCCAUUGACGAGAGCCCUCUCCUCACCUUCUGGGGCCCCGAUCCCGUCCCCCUGCCCUCGCGCUUCGCCAAGAUCAAAAGGGCGCUCAUAGCAGGCCACGAGGAGGCCAUCGAGGCCUCAUUCCGCCGCCUCAUCAAGGCCCUCCAGGCCGAGACGGACCACAUUGAGGACCUCGGCGCCCACCUCAUACCCAGCAUCGAGUAUGCCGACAUGGAGGACCCCACGCAGACGGCGCGCUUCGGGCGCGACCUCAGGCGGUACGGCGUCGGCGUCGUCCGCAAGGCCCUGCCCGGCCGCGACGCCGAGUCCAUGGUCGCCGAGACCAUGGACUACCUCGACACCAAGCGCAGCUCCAACCUCAAGGCCCAGAAGCAGGAUCCCACCUGCUACGACUACUUCUGGACGCCCGCCCAGGUCCGCGCCCGCGCCCACCCGCACGUCCUCCGCACCCAGCGCUUCAUGAUGGGCCUCUGGGAGACGACCCCGGACGACCGCCUCGCCACCCGCCUGCCCAUCACCUACGUCGACCGCAUCCGCGUCCACGGCGCCGAGCCGCGCACCGACCAGGGCAAGGUGGACAGCAUCCCCGUCGCCGACGAGCCCCAGAGCGCCGACGACUGGAUCAACGCCCUCCAGUCCUCCGCCGGCAUCAUCGCCCAGGUCGACAACGGCUCGCUCGAGCGCUGGGAGCCCGACGGCUACGGCCACGCCGGUACCUACCGCUCCGUCUUCCAGGGCAGCUGGGAAUCCUACGACCCCUGGGAGUGCGCCUCGCGCGUAUCCUCGACAAUGGACCUCUACAACGGCUAUGGCGCCUGCACCAUCUUCCGCAUGUUCCAGGGUGUCCUGGCCCUCAGCACCAUCGAGCCCGGCAUGGUCCGCCUCAUGCCCAGUCCCCAGCUCGCGACCGCCUACUACCUGCUCCGCCCCUUCUUCUCGCCCCAGACACCCGCGCCCGCCGCACGGAGCGGUCCUGAGUGGGACGCCUACCUCGCCCCCGAGAACUGGAAGCUCGAGCGCGACCCGGACACCAUCAUCCACGGCGCCGUGCCGGGCCACGCGCAGCGCAUCACCGAAAAGUGGCACCCGCACCUGCACCUGCGCAGCAGCAUGAUCACCCUGCCGACACUCCAGCCGGGUGACUACAUCUUCUGGCACCCGGACCUGCCCUACCACAUCUCCUCCAACAACCCGGGUCUGCAGACACCGCACCCGGAGAGCGUGAGUAUGAUGCUCUACAUUGCCGCGGCACCCCUGACACAGACCAACGCGCUCUACCUCGCGCGGCAGCGCAAGGCGUUCCAGAGGGGUCACCCGGGACCCGACUUUGACUCCUCCGGGCGGGGCAGCAUCGUGGAGGACGCAAAGACGCGGCCGGGCGCUGAGGUCAUUGCCGAGGUUGGUGGACCGGCUGGUCUGCAAGCCAUGGGUCUGGCGCCGUGGGAGUCGGCUGCCACACGCUCGACCACACCGCCACCGAAGACGAAUGGAAAGGAGGACAGCGAGGAGGCCAAGGUGAAUGGGGACGGGAUCAAGAGCGAGGAGGAGGUGAAGAGCGUCGUUUCGAGCUCAAGUUCAGCCGCGGAAGCCGAGGUGGUACGGUUAUCGAACAUUAUUCUCUUCCCAGAUCGGUCCAUGAUGGGGUACUCGGUCUGA